CUCUCUCUCUCUCUCUCUCCUCCUCUCUCUCUCUACCUCCCUCCCUCUCUCUCUACCUCCCUCUCUCCCUCUCUCUCUCUGGCCUGUGCUGUGCUGCCAAGCUCCAUCAGGAUGCCGUCAUACUCAGCCCACACAAUGGCUCUGUUCAUCUCCUGAGGGCUUUGGACCGGGCUGUCGUGCCGCUGGACCGCUAGCCACCCGCCCGCCUAAAGGGAGGAGGGAGGAAGAGGAGGAGGAGGGAGGAAGAGGAGGAGGAGGGGCUGUGAGAAAAGAUAUAGAAGGUGUUGUCAUGUCGCAACCUCCCGUGGGAGUGGGAGCCUGUACUGGAGCUGAGACUGGAGGGACUGGGAUUGGACCUGGGGUUGGGAUUGGACCCCGAGCUGGGACUGGAGGGACUGGUUUUGGGACUGCAGCCGGACCUGGAGGGACUGAAGGGAUUGGGAUUGGACGUGGGGUUGGGAAUGGACCCCGGAGCUGAGACUAGAGUCAAAGGUUCAGGGCCUGUAUCAGGCCCGGCAUCCGGGACCAGACAGGGCUCGGUGCGUCCCAUCGGGGCCGAGGGACUGGUCGCCCUGCUGGAGAGGGGUCUGGACAGCGUGUUGUUGAUUGACAGCCGGCCCUUCGUAGAAUAUAACUCCUCCCACAUCCUGGAGGCGGUCAAUGUGAACUGCUCUAAGCUGAUGAAGAGACGGCUGCAGCAGGACAAGGUCCAGAUCAACGAACUGCUGCAGCACUCGGCCAAGAAGAAGUUGGAGCUCGUGGGCAUUCAGGAGGUGGUGGUGUAUGACCAGAGUUCAUCUGACCCCUUGACCUUUCCCUCGGAGGCCUUCCUUACCGUCCUAUUGGCCAAGCUGGAGAAGAGCUUCCCCUCCGUACACCUGCUCUCAGGUGGUUUCACAGAGUUUUCCCAGCUGUUUCCAGGUCUGUGUGAAGGUAAGGCUCUUCUGGCCACAUCCUGCCUGGUCCCGACCUGCCUCUCUCAGCCGUGCCUGCCCCUCAACACCUCUGGUCCAACACGCAUCCUGCCUCACCUUUACCUGGGCUGUCAGAGAGACGUUCUCAACAAGGAAGUGAUGCAGCGGAAUGAGAUAGCGUACGUCCUGAAUGCCAGUAACACAUGUCCCAAACCAGACUACAUCCCAGAGUCUCACUUCCUGCGAGUUCCUGUCAACGACAGCUUCUGUGAGAAGAUCCUCCCCUGGUUCGACAGAUCUGUGGAGUUCAUAGAGAAGGCCAAAGCCUCCAACGCCUGUGUGCUGGUCCACUGUCUGGCUGGCAUCUCCCGCUCGGCAACCAUCGCUAUCGCUUACAUCAUGACGAGGAUGGACAUGUCACUAGACGAAGCUUACAGGUUCGUGAAGGAGAAGAGGCCCACCAUCUCUCCUAACUUUAACUUCCUGGGUCAGCUGUUGGACUUUGAGAAGAAGAUCAAGACUCCUGGAAGGUCGGAGAUCAGAGAGACCGUCGGAGUCAAACCCUGUCCCUUCCUCCUCCACCACCCCCUGCUAGAUCAGGACCCCUCUAACCCUACUACCCCCAGCCUCCCAGACCCUGCCCUAGCCCUGCUGGAGCCCCUGACCCUGCCGUGUGUCUUGGCCCCCUGGCCUCCAGAAGAGAGGCUCCUCGCCCAGGCUCUCCAGGGGCUCCAAGGCCUCCAGCUGAACCAGGGAGCGGAGGACAACGCCGCCCAGCUGAAAAGGUCCUUCUCUCUGGACAUCAAGUCGUACAGGGAGCCAGGAGGCCGCGGCGGCGCCCCCGUGAGGCCGUACCCCAACCCUACGUCCCACCCCGGAGCCCAGGAGUAUUAUAAUCCAUCCGUGAGCUUCAAGGAGCCUGCUGGGAAACCGUGUCACUUCUCUCCUGUGAAGGAGAUGUCAGAGCUGUCUACACCUGAGCCGAGCCCUGACGAGGAGCGGGACGACGGCCUCGCGGACCCUGCUGCUACGUCUGUUGUUCCCACUGCUACUCCUGUAGUCUCCACCACAACCAUCACCUCCUCUUCCUCCUCCUUUCCCGGCACCACUACCAGCACUACCACCUCCAACCAGCCCAGCGUGAAGCAACCCGGCCAGGCUAAGCCCCUCUCCUGUUCCCAGCAGCUCCAGCGUAGUGGCAGUAUGGAGGAGAGCUCUAACCCUACCCUUAACCACACCCCUCACACCACCGGCUUCCUGUUCGGCCUAUCACGUUCCCAGCAGCACCUGUCCAAGCCCGCCCCUAACCUAGGCUCCGCCCUGAAGGGCUGGCACUCUGACAUCCUAUUGGGUCCCGUCACCGUGUCGUCGGGUGGAUGGUACCUCUCCGAGUCGUCGCACCGCUUCUACUCCACCUCCGCCAUCUUAGGAAGCGGGGCUAACAUUCUAGGGGGUGGCGGCGCGGCGGCGUACAGCGUGAGCCAGGGGUUGGAGGAGGUGCGGCGGCGCGGGAGGCAGAGGAGCGGCGACCACGGGGACUCGCGGAGGAGCUGGCACGAGGAGAGCACCUUGGAGAAGCAGCUGAAGAGACGGAGCUGUCAGAUGGAAAUCGGAGACAGGAUGAGAGGAGGAGGAGGAGGAGGAGGAGGAAGAGGAGGAGGAGAGACUAGCUCCAGGGAGGAGAUAGGGAGUCACAGCAGCUUCUCGGGAAGCAUGGAGGUCAUACAGGUGUCCUGAGAGAGGACAUUUCAACAUGGCCUCCGGUCCAACCGUUACGGAAUCAUUGAUUUGAAAUGGAGACGUCCGUUCUAGGGAGUUUUAACAUCCUCAGAUCAGACCAGUCCCAUGUUCAGGGGAAAGACUUGUUCUGGACCCGUCUUAUUAUCCCACUAGGGACUUGAACCUUGAACUGAUCUAGCGGCCCUGUGUACUCGUGUCGCGACAGUUGGCAUUAAUGUAGUUUGAACUUUGACCUGGAAGCAGAAAGCAGCUGUGUGAUGAUGAUGAUGAUGAUGAAUGUGAUGAAGAGGUGAACUCUGAGAGGAUUGAGACGAACUUGAGUUUUUUGUUUGAAUGAGUGUUAAUCGUUUUUCAUUUAUUUCUGAAUGUUGAUAAUCGUUGUCAACAGCAGUAGAUGUCUGCCAGAUGUUGGAUACAUGGAGCUUUUAUGAAGCCUUAUGAAGUCUUUAUGAAGCCUUAAAGAAGUCUUUAUGAAGCCUUAUGAAGUCUUUAUGAAGCCUUAAGAAGUCUUUAUGAAGCCUUAAAGAAGUCUUUAUGAAGCCUUAAGAAGUCUUUAUGAAGCCUUUAGCAGUCUUUAUGAAGCCUUAAAGAAGUCUUUAUGAAGCCUUAUGAAGCCUUAAGAAGUCUUUAUGAAGCCUUAAGAAGUCUUUAUGAAGCCUUAAGAAGUCUUUAUGAAGCCUUAAGAAGUCUUUAUGAAGCUUUAAAGAGUCUUUAUGAAGCCUUAAGAAGUCUUUAUGAAGCCUUAAGAAGUAUUUUUGAAGCCUUAAGAAGUCUUUAUGAAGCCUUAAAGAAGUCUUUAUGAAGCCUUAAAGAAGUCUUCAUGAAGCCUUAAAGAAGUCUUCAUGAAGCCUUAAAGAAGUCUUUAUGAAGCCUUAAAGAAGUCUUUAUGAAGCCUCUUUAUGAAGCCUUAAAGAAGUCUUUAUGAAGCCUUAAGAAGUCUUUACGAAGCCUUAAAGAAGUCUUUAUGAAGCCUUAAAGUAGUCUUUAUGAAGCCUUAAAGAAGUCUUUAUGAAGCCUUAAAGAAGUCUUUAUGAAGCCUUAAGAAGUCUUUAUGAAGCCUUAAAGAAGUCUUUAUGAAGCCUUAAGAAGUCUUUAUGAAGCGUUAUGAAGAACGGGAUCAGAGAUCCUUGAUAUCCCUGUGUCAAAUCAUCCGAUACCUCACACAUCCAAAUUAGAGGCUUCUUCUGUUCCUCUGUCUUCUGAUGUUGGAGCUCAUUGACAAUUCAAAUCUCAGGUCUUAUUUGAGCAGCAAGAAAAGAUGCUUGAACAACUGAACAGUUCCCGAACAGUUCCCGAACAGCUCACGAACAGUUCCCGAACAGUUCCCGAACAGCUCCCGAACAGUUCCCGAACAGCUCCCGAACAGUUCCCGAACAGUUCCCGAACAGUUCCCGAACAACUCACGAACAGUUCCCGAACAGUUCCCGAACAGCUCACGAACAGUUCCCGAACAGCUCCCGAACAGCUCCCGAACAGUUCCCGAACAGCUCCCGAACAGUUCCCGAACAGUUCCCGAACAGUUCCCGAACAGCUCACGAACAGUUCCCGAACAGUUCCCGAACAGCUCCCGAACAGUUCCCGAACAGCUCCCGAACAGCUCCCGAACAGCUCCCGAACAGUUCCCGAACAGCUCCCGAACAGUUCCCGAACAGCUCCCGAACCACUCCCGAACAGUUCCCGAACAGCUCCCGAACAGUUCCCGAACAGCUCCCGAACAGCUCCCGAACAGCUCCCGAACAGUUCAGUUGGUAGAGCAUGGCGCUUGUACCCCAGGGUUGUAGGUUAGAUUCCCGGGGCCACCCAGACGUAAAAUGUAUGUACGCAUGACUGUAAAUCACUUUGGAUUAAAGCGCUAAAUAUUAUAUGUUAUUAA